UAUUUCAGUGUCACACCGGUUGUAGGACUCAGCGCAGCUAUCAGCAGCUAUCUGCAGCUUGCUGUUGUUGUUAUUGCUGUGGAGGGAGGAGCUCAGCUGGUUGUGUUUUGUAGCUGAUUGGUUAUUUUCUUUGAUUGACACACCUACAGACCAAUCGCUAACACCGUUCGGCUGGAGGCUAGCUAACCUCACGACGUUAUAACUUUGUACGCUAACCAGUUAGCCACUAGCCUUAAUAGUUGACAGUACAACUGGUUACAGCUGGAAGUGGUGACUCUGAAAGAUGUCCCGAGAGCAGCUGGUUGUACAAAGGGCCAGGAAGUCCUUCCACACAGGGAAAACCAAACCGCUGGAGUACAGGGUCCACCAGCUGAAGAGCCUGCUCCGCUUCAUCUCAGACAGACGCAGAGACAUUGCAGAUGCUGUCAAAAGGGACCUGGGCAAGAGCGAACACGGGACCGAGCUGUUUGAGACACUGGGGCUGGAGGGAGAGAUCAAGCUGGCUAUAGAGAAGCUGUCAGAGUGGGCGGCUCCUCGGCCAGUGGAGAAGAACCUCCUCACCAUAACAGAUGAGGUUUAUGUGCAGCCCGAGCCUCUGGGAGUUGUGCUCAUCAUAGGGGCCUGGAACUACCCCUGGGCCGUCACCCUCCAGCCGCUGGUUGGAGCUAUCGCUGCCGGUAAUGCAGCAGUAAUAAAGCCAUCGGAGGUCAGCUCUCACUCUGCCAAGGUCAUGGAGGAACUUCUCCCUCAGUAUCUAGACAAGGAUCUGUACCCAGUGGUGACAGGUGGAGUGUCCGAGACCCAGGAGCUGCUGAAGCAAAGAUUUGACCACAUUUUCUACACAGGAAGCAGCGUAGUGGGUAAACUGGUGAUGGAGGCUGCAGCUCGCCACCUCACCCCAGUGACCCUGGAACUGGGCGGGAAGAGCCCCUGCUACAUCGACAAGAACUGUGACAUCACUGUCGCGUGUCGUCGCAUCACAUGGGGAAAGUUUGUCAACUGUGGUCAGACGUGCAUCGCUCCAGACUAUGUCCUGUGUGAACCCUCCGUCCAGAGCCGAGUAGUAGAAGAGAUCAACAAGAGCAUCAAGGAGUUUUACACAGAUAAUCCCAAAACCUUUGAGGACUACGGACGCAUCAUUAACCAGCGGCACUUUAAGAGGGUCAUGUCUCUCAUGGAGGGGAGCACAGUCGCUGUUGGUGGAGACAGUGAUGAGUCCCAGUGCUACAUAGGCCCCACUGUGUUAAAGGAUGUGACGGGGGAAUCCAAAGUGAUGAAGGAGGAGAUCUUCGGGCCUCUGCUGCCCAUCAUCACAGUGAGCGGCGUAGAGGAGGCCAUCCAGUUUAUAAAUGAGAGAGAAAAACCUCUGGUUGUGUACGUCUUCUCCAAUGACAACAAGCUGAUCAAAAGGGUGAUAGCUGAGACGUCCAGUGGAGCUCUGCUGGCUAAUGACUGUUUGGUACACUUCACUGUCAGUGCUCUGCCCUUCGGAGGAGUGGGUAACAGUGGUAUGGGCUGCUACCACGGCCGGCACAGCUUUGACCAACUCAGCCACCUGCGCAGCUGUCUGAUCAAGCAGCUGAAGAUGGAGGGAAUAAACAGCAUGCGUUACCCCCCUCACACCGCCAAAAAGCUGGGAUGGGCUCGAUUCUUUUUGCUCAAGCAUGUCAACGUAUGCAGGCUACGGCGCAUGGCACUGCUGGCCAUGUUCACUGGCUUGGCAGCAUUUGUGGUGCAGGUAAAGGGAGUAAAAUAUAGCAGUCCAGUCCAAAUUGGAAUAAAAAGUUUUGUUUUGGUGUCAGGAAUGCUUUAUUUUACAGGUAUUUAGUUUCCUAGAAAGUUUCCUGGAAAGGACUAUUCAAUUUGGUACUAAUAAAAUGGAGAUAUUUAUGUGAGUUUAGUUAGUUGUGUUCAGUAUAUUUGCUGUUUUCCAGAGGAAUUUCCUUGGAAGAACCACUGCAUUUAUGCACUAUGCUCUGUAUUUGUUGAAAUUCUAUGCUUCUCUGCAGACUAAUUUCACUUUCCUGCAUGUUCAGAUAAACUGCUGUGAAACGACUAAAAGAUCUCUCUAGAUUAUUCUAGCAUUUAAAGGUCCAGUGUGUAACAUUUAGGAGGAUCUAUAGUCAGAAAUGGAAUAUAAUAUUAAGCUAUAUGUCCACAUUCCUCUGAGCUGAUUAGAGGGUUAUUGAGAUCACCUGUUGCACAGGGUGUGGGGACUGAAUCUGCAAGGAUUGAGCUGGGUGCUGUCCCCUCUUGGCCAAUCAGGGUGUGACAAUGCCCAUUCUUUAUUGCAUUCUGAUCCCUCCUCAAGUUAGUACAGACCUCACUUUAUCAGAUAGUGUCAGCGAGAAGUGUAUUUGAGCAUUUUGAAACUGAAUCCUAGCAGUCAGGAACUGGUUCUCAGGCUUCUUCCCAUCAGCAGACAUCUGUAGAAUCAGUACCAAGGAGUGUACCAGUUGAUGUUCUUCAUAAUUAGUCCCAAAUUAUGAAUUUACGGAUACAAACUAGUUCCUUUCCAGGAAAUUAUGAGCCAUAAGUGUCACCAUUAUUAAUUUGUAGAAAAGUUUGGUUAAGUGCCACCUCCAUUAUUAGUGUCAGUCAGAUUACUUCACCUUUAAUUCUGUUCCCAUAUGAUUUUUGAACAAGCCUCUCACACAGCUGUCCAAGAAACAAGACAAAAUCUGCCUUGAGACAAACAACAGCAACAGUACCAUAAAGCCUUGUUGACAACAUUGCCAGUGGCAGCUGAUGUUGCUACUAGUAACACUACUGUUGCCUUCAAUUGCCACCAUGCAAUUACCUUUAUUAAAGCAUAAAUCUGGCAUUAUUCUGAAUCUCAAUCAAUUAAUAAAUCCCAUAAAAAGACCAUGACCAGCAGUGUGUUUGUCAAUCUCUCAAUACCAUGUCUGUCACUUUCAAGUAUAUUGUUUCAUUUGUUUAAAAGACUCCGUAAGGAUGCAUUUGCUGGGGACUGUUUCCAUCCAUCAAUAGGUUCUGGACAAGAGUGGAGCUCUAUGGCACAGAGGAAUACGAUAUAUCAGGCUCUGAUUCACACAAUACUUGUUAGUAUCAUCAAUUCAUUGUUGGUUUUGGUCUUUUUAUGGGAUUGGUUGACAAUAAGAGAAUUAUAGAAUGUGACCAGAUUUAUCCUUUAAGCUGUUCUCAUUCAAGGAGGAUUAUCUGCAGUGUUCUUGUGUGCUGGACCUGUUGCAACGUCAGUGUAUUUCACUGCAUUGCCACAUUUAGUAGUAAGUCAUUUAAGUUCCAAUACCAAGUCUGGUUGUUUCUUAGUCAAGACCAGGAUCAGUUGGGACCAGUGUACUGGUUUCAGAGCAGAUGUUACUGCCACUGUUCUCACUGAUGUGUAAACAUGAACUGAUGUGUCUUACAGUAAAAUAAUGAGAACAACAUAAUUCAGGUCAGUGGUGUUGACCUUAAUGGCAAGAUUGUUCUAUAUAAUACUGUCUAUUCAAGUAUGUUGUAUCUUUAAAAUAAGGGUUUUCCAGUUAUUAUAUUUUUGGGGAAAUGGGAAAUGGUUUGGAUGUGUGUUCCUGUUUGGUGGGAUUAAACCCUGUUGUCCACCCCUGCCGUAGACCACAUAAGCCAUUAAAUGUCACGAAUGACUUGUCUUACGGAACAGGUUGUUGAUCUGUAAGCAGGGUGGGAACUACAGGGGAGCCAGGGGGAGCUGGGCUCCCAUUAAUGAGACACGAGCUCCCCUGAAAACAUGAUUUGUGAAAUAGUGGGGGGUCUGACAAUAUGCUAUUUUUGCCAUGCCUGUCUUUUUUUCUAUAUCUUCAUCAUCAUGAAUUAUGCGUACAUUUAGGCUACUAUUGAUGAUGAUUUGUGCAUGGGGGUGAUUCUUUGCUAAUUCACAUUAAUAAAGACACUGAUAUUCUGGCCAUCACCAUGCAAGCGUGGCAGCACGAUAUCAUUAAAAAUAAAUAUUAGAAUAUUUACAAUAAACUUUCCUAGUCCUACACA